CUCUCCAGUCACCUGAUUCACAUACUGCCAUUUUGCGCGGAGCGUCCGACUGUUAACUAUAGAAAACUGGAAUUGUUGCUUCAUCCAAGAUGUCAUCGACGAGACGCUGAAUUUUAACAUUUAGGACCGUGCCGUUUGAUAUUUGCACGAUAUUUAUUGUCGUCAGUGGCGUAUUGAUUGAAACAUCGCGAGAGGAGGCUGAAGGAAUUUGAGAAUGAUGCUCGCGAUCAAAUUCCGUUAUGCACCGACUACGCGCAUGCAAUGAACCAGGGCGAAAUUUACCGCUGCUAGAUUUAACAUCGACGCUGUAUUUUAAAGAAACGGCUUUGUUAAAUUUUCCUUCAUAGGGAUCCUUGUUCGUUUCAUUCAAACAGCAAUUACAUGGUUAACCGGCAACACCGGAGGGUGCGCGUAACAAAGUGUCCUUUUUGCGCGUAUUAAAAGCGGCAGGCGUGAGCAAAUAACGAGAAUUGCAUCGAUAAACCGCGAUUUGAGAUUGCCACCAGCGCGCAGUUAUCCGUGAGUGAUCGCUGAAUGUCAGAGCAUCCUCGCCCGUGUCCGGAUCGCAUCAGGGUAGCGCUCUCCGCAAGACCGACCAAACCCACGGAGCAGGGCUCCCCCACACCCCUGCAGUGAACAGAUCUGUGUGAAAGACGAUCGUAAUAUGUCGGGACAGUCCAUCACGGACCGGAUCGCCGCAGCUCAGCACAGCAUGACCGGAUCUGCCAUCAGCAAAGCCGUGUGCAAGGCCACGACGCACGAAGUCAGCGCGCCCAAGAAGAAGCACCUUGAUUAUUUAAUGCACUGCACCAAUGAGCUGAACGUGAAUAUACCUCACUUGGCCGAUACGUUGUUUGAGAGAACAGCAAAUCAGAGCUGGGUGGUGGUCUUUAAGGCUCUCAUUACUACACACCACCUUAUGAUGUACGGCAAUGAGAGGUUCAUCCAGUACCUUGCAUCAAGAAGCACACUCUUUAAUUUGAAUAAUUUCGUAGAUAAAGGAGCAUUACAAGGUUACGAUAUGUCCAUCUACAUUAGACGAUACAGCAGGUAUCUGAAUGAGAGAGCCCUGUCCUACAGACUCGUUGCGGUUGAUUUCACCAAGAUGAAGAGGGGGACUGAUGGAGUGAUGCGAACCAUGACCGUAGACAAGCUGAUGAAGACUCUCCCUAUAAUUCAGAAUCAGCUCGAUGCCCUUUUGGACUUUGAGGCCACUUCAAGUGAACUGACCAAUGGGGUGAUCAAUUGUGCCUUCACGCUGCUCUUUAAAGACUCCAUUCGCAUCUUUGCUGCUUAUAAUGAGGGUGUCAUUAAUCUGCUAGAGAAAUAUUUUAAUAUGAAGAAGAAUCAAUGCAAAGAGGCGCUGGAAAUAUACAAGAGGUUUCUUAUCAGGAUGACCAAGCUCUCUGAGUUUCUCAAGGUGGCGGAGCAAGUUGGAAUUGAUCAGGUUGACAUCCCAGAUCUUUCACAGGCUCCUAGCAGUCUUUUAGAAGCUCUGGAGCAACACUUGGCUUCUUUGGAGGGCAAGAAAAACAAAGAGGCCUCCACCAUCAGCAGGGAGGCGGAAGGUGACAGAUUACAGCCUGCAAAGGCUGUUCAGCUUAAAGACAUUGGCAUGCAGACCCCAACAGUGUCCCCCAGUGGGCAGUCUGUGGGCAGUGCCAACAGUAGCUGCACCAGUAGCGGUGCCACUGAGCUUCUCUCCAGUCCACCCGAUCUACCCAUCACAAACGGUGUGCACAACUUCGCCAAUGACCAUUUUGAUCUCCAACACAAUUCCAGCGCCCCUGCUCAGACAAACACCCUACCAGUCAGUAACAACAGUUGGGGAGGCGCACUUUUGAAGCCCGCAAUCUCCUCGCAUGUCCAGAGUCAAGGCACACAGCUCUACAACGGAGGAAAAUUACUUACUAAUGAUCUGGACUCGUCCUUGGCCAAUCUAAUGGGCAAUUUGCAUUUUGGAGGACCCCCAGCUAAAAAGCCAGAAGUGCAGUGGACUCAUUUCGAGAAGAAAUCUUCUGGCGGUUCUCACUGGCAGUCUAAAGCCAUGAAUGGCACAGGACCCUGGAGUCACACACAUCUGGCUCCUGCUCCCAUACCAAUGCCACAGAUGAAUGGGAUGAUUUAUACUGGCUAUGCACCAGCUCCAGUUGCAUUUCCGAUGACAACCCCUCAAGUGCCUAUGUAUGGGAUGAUUCCUCCUCCUGUAGGCCAGAUGGGGUCAGUGCCCUUGAUGGCUCCUCAGCCUGUGAUAUAUAACCAGCCCAUCCUCCGCACCACCAACCCUUUCACCCCCAUCCCUGGAGCUCAGAUGCACUUCAUGUAGCACUGAGGAGCAUGACAAACCGACGCAUACGCCCGAGGAAAAACAUCAACCAAUCCGAAACCAAAAAUGACAAGGCAGACAUGAGGAAUGGUUUUAACGCUUCAAAGAGACUAAAGAUUUGUUCAUGUGGCAUUUUACCCCCGUAGCCCGCGUGUUUGUAAAACAUACCCCUCCAUCCAGAAUCACAACAGUCCUCUUGUCAUUUUACAUGUUACCUUUCAUUUUUAAGUGUCAAGAUUAAUGUUUUUAUGCAGCCCUCUUUGAUGAUGUCACUGGCUGAUGCAAAUGGAAUGACAAUGUACAGUGAAUUGCAGUGGAAUGAAAAGUUGUCAUGAUGUCAAGCCCCGCCCCCCGUUCCCCAUUUGGAAAAGUGAUUGUUGUAAUUGUGCACACUUGAAUCAAUGUUUAUAAUGUCUAAACCAAGCCACGGUUUUGUAUGCACAUUGCCUGAAUAGUGUUUUGAAUCAACCACUGUCAAUGUUGACUGUGCCCAUUCGGCCGACGUCCCAAAUUCUUGAGUUUUGGAGAAAUGUGUACAGGUCACUUUUCGUACAUUUGUCUCGUUCCCAGACAUUUUCAAUUUCACCUUAAAAAGGUGAAAUGUUCACCAUUUUUGGAUUUUCACCUUCAAUUUGUUUCUACAUGACUUGUAAUGCCUCGUUCAGGUAUGGUAAGGUAUGGCUGUUUGGAUUAAAGUCAAAUACUGCAGUA